AUGACAAGUACAAAUAGCGGAAACACAUUAAAAAUUGAGCAUUAUCUUGUAGGAAAAACAUUAGGGUGCGGAGCUUCUGGAAAAGUUAAGCUUGCCAAGCAUGAUAUAACUGGAAAAGAAGUUGCAAUAAAAAUUAUAAAUAAGAAAAAAAUGACUGUUAAAAAAAUGAGCAACAAGAUUAAAAGAGAAAUUAGGCUUUUAAGAUUCUUCAACCAUUAAAACAUUAUUCGUUUAUAUGAAGUUCUUGAUACUAAUACUGAUAUUUUUGUGGUUACUGAGUAUAUUUCAGGGGGAGAUUUAUAUGAUGUUAUUGCUUCAAAGGGUAAGCUUCCUGAAUAAGAAGCAAAAAGAUAUUUUAAGUAAAUAGUAGCAGGAGUUGAUUACUGCCAUAGAAACUUAGUCGCCCAUAGAGAUCUGAAACUUGAAAAUAUAUUAAUAGAUGAUAAUAAUAACAUUAAAAUUGCAGAUUUUGGUUUGAGUAAUAUUAUGAAUGAUGGUAAAUAUUUGUCUACAUCUUGUGGUUCUCCUAAUUACGCUGCCCCAGAAGUUAUAUCUGGAAAACUAUAUUGUGGAACAGAAGUUGAUACUUGGAGUUGUGGUGUUAUAUUAUUCGCCUUGCUAGGAGGCUAUCUUCCUUUUGAUGAAGAAGUUAUUCCAGCUUUGUAUAAGAAAAUCAAGGAGGGAGAUUUUCAGAUUCCAGCAUUUUUUUCACCUGAAGCUCAUGAUAUAAUUAAAAGAAUGCUCCGUCCUAACCCUAUAGAGAGAAUUAAAUUUCAUGAAUUGAGACUUCAUCCUUGGUUGAGAGAAAAUGUUCCCUUUUAUGUAGAAAUAUUCAAUUAGAAUACAAGAAUGGAGAGUAAAAAAUUAAAUGAAGACAUUUUGAGAAAAUUAGCUUAAAUGAAAAAUGUUAACUUCCAUAAUUUGAACGAAUAAACUAUUAGAGAUGCCGUUAUUAAGAGAGACGAUUAUAGUUUUGUUAUUGCUUACGAUUUGCUCCUUGAUGACUAUAAAAAGAACAACUAUUAUAAUAAAGAAAACAAUCAAAACACUUUCAUAUUCAGACCUGUUUAAGAAGACUGCACAGUCGAGACCAAUAAUGCUUAUAUUGAUCAAAUCUUUAAUCAAGGAAAACUUGAAGAAGUAACUGAGGAAGAAGAAGAAAUACUUGGCCAGUGGACUUAUGGAAAGAUAUAUAGCAAUAGUGCUAGGACAAUUAUGAAAGCAAUAUAUGAGGUUGCAAGCUAGUUAGAUAUUGUUAUUACAAUUAAAAAUAGCGAAUAUAGGAUCAAAUGCCAUAGAAAAAACCCUAAAAAGAUCUAAAGUGCUUACAACAACCAUCUUGAAACUAUAAAAAGUGAAAGUAGCUCAAAUUUAUCAACAAAUUACACAAAUAAUGGUAAUUUAAACAACAGCCACCACCAUCACCACUCAUACAAUAAUCAUUACCAUCAUGUUAAUCCAUAGAAUUAAAAUUUUACUGGCUUCUAGAGUGGAUCAAAUGUUUCUAUGACAAACAACUUUUAGCACACAUAAACUAAUUCCUAUUUAAUGCCUCCCUAAGGUAAUUAAUUUAAUAAUUAAAUGAGUAAUGUAAGCAAUGACUUUGGAUAAAAUAUGGAAUCUCAAUCUUAAUCUUAUGCCAUAGGUAGCAAUUUCAAUAAUAUGAAUUAUAGUCAAUCGGGAUAUUAAUUUGAUUCUGGAAUGAAUCUAAAUAAUGGUAACACUUAAAACCCAAAUAACAGUUAAAAUAAUGCUCUUGACACUAAUAACAUACCUAAAUUCUCCAAAUAGGAUCUUGUUUUUACCAUAUAAAUAUACUAAAUGCCAAGCACUUCAAUUCAAAGCGAUUAGCACAUAGUAGAUGUCAUUUUAAAUAAGGGUCAUCCUAUCAUGUUCUUAGAGUUUUUUAACUAAUUUCUUACUCUUGUAAACAAAAAACUUAAUCCAAUUCACUGA